GGUUGCCUACCCACACUAACAUCCUCUUCUGCCCCAAAAUCACUUUCAAAUUCUGACCCAACAUCAACACCUAUUUCAGCCGCUACAUCCCCUCCUAUUUCAACCUCUACAUCCUCUUCUAUUUCAGCCCCAAGAUCCGCACCUAUUUCAACCUCAACAUCACCCUCAUUGCCAAAUUCAAACCCAUCAAAGUCCAAUUUAAUGGCACUUAAACACCCAGAUUGAGCCCUAUUAUCUGUGUCUGCAGUUUCAGGGCCAAGUAAAGACAUAGUUACCAACUCUGGAUCCUCUAACCCAUGUUCAACAUAUAUCUCACACCUCUUACCUACAUGAGUAAUCUGAACUAAGUGCAUACUGCUGGCAUCAUCACUUAAAAGCUUUAGGUAACUAAAGGGUUCUUCAGGUAGGAGGAGAUUUCAAUGCCACAUAAAUCUAAACGGGACAAGUCAUCGCCAACCAGGGGUUACUUGCGAAAUAGGCUUAUUAAAAAGUUUCAAAAUGUUUUUCCACUGCGAGUCGAUUCCAGUUAUACAUAUUGCUGAUCCAGGAUUUUGUAAAGUUUGGGUUUCAAUCGUCGAUGAAUUCCAUUCCCUAAUCUCCAGUUCUUCGAAAUGUCCGGGACUCCAGAAACCUUAUUCAUAGGUCAAGCUUCGUCGCCGACCGCUAGCGUAGCCACCGCAUCCGCCGCCGGCAAUCACUUUAUUUCCCGAUGGUACAGCUCCUCCGCCAAUGCGUGCCGUGGUUUCUGGCACGACGCUGCUUUGAUUGUACCUUCGAUUCUGUUUAUACUGUACCUAGGGUUUCAUGCAAAGAGGAAUAUAAAGAAGCUUAGGAACCGUGGGUCUUAUGUAAUGAUUGCAUAUUAUGCUCUAUUGUGGUUUGCUACUCUGGUAAACUUUGCCUGGUCAUCCCUGCAGGCAUGGCAGUGUGCUCCUGGAAAGGAUGUUGCGUGGAAUCUUUUGUCAUUGUUUGCAGCCUCUGGAAUGUUAUGUUUAGAGAUUAGUCUAAUGUCCUUCUUACUUCACGAGAAUUAUGCCACUGGAUUGGAAACUUUAACACGCAAUUUCUUUGUGUCUGGCCUUUUUGUUGGCGUGGAUGUUCUAUUAAAGGUAAUUCUUGUAUUUGGAUUUAGGAUUCCACUUUUUGUUGAUGUUGGAUUAGCAAAUGGAGGAAAAUGGGCCAUAUGGUUUACCUAUAGGCUUCUGCUAACUGCAGCUUAUGGGUACAUAUAUUUUGUGCACUUCUCAAAGUGGAGAGAUAAUCUGCCUCCAAGGCCAGCCUUCUACAACUAUGUCAUAGUCAUGUUCGCAACUAAUGUGGCAGUAUUGUUUGCUUGUGGGCUUGGUGUAUUUGGGAUUGGCUUUGGUGCCUGGUUAUAUGAUUUGAGCGUUGUCUGCUAUCACUCUCUGUAUCUUCCCUUUAUCUAUGCUACGUUUUUGGCCGACUUCUUUCAGGAAGAAGAUUGGCUUCUGGAUGAAGCAUACUACUCAGAGAUGAAGGAUGCGGGAUUCUUUGAUGCUGAUUGGGAAUAGGAUAUUGCAACUCGUAUAUAUAUAAUAAUAUAGUAUAAUUGUGAAUAUUAUCCAUUGGAGAGAAAUGGGAGUCUGGGAAGGCCUUUUGUGUACUUAGAAUGACCAUUCGGUGUUGCAAAAUAUACAACUGUAAAUCAUCACUGUUAUGAUUUCAAUAAUAAGUCCUCUAUGUAAUUUGCCUACUCAAA